UUUGUUUUGUUUUGAUGUUUGGGAACUCAAUGUUACUAACUUCUUAUUAUGCAUCCUCUUUGGUAAUUAUUUGGGGUAUUCUGGCAAUGAAACCACAUUUCCUGAAAAUAAAUGUAUCUGAACUUAGUUUAUGGGUUAUCCAAGGAUGUUUUUGGUUAUUUGGAACUGUCAUACUCAAAUAUUUGACAUCUAAAAUCUUUGGCAUUGCAGAUGAUGCUCAUAUUGGCAACUUACUAACAUCAAAAUUCUUCAGUUACAAGGAUUUUGAUACUUUAUUGUAUACCUGUGCAGCAGAGUUUGACUUCAUGGAAAAGGAGACUCCACUGAGAUAUACAAAGACAUUGUUGCUUCCGGUUGUUCUUGUAGUGUUUAUUGCAAUUGUGGGAAAGAUUAUUAGUGAUAUCUGGAGCGUGUUAGCUAAGCAACAGACACAUGUAAGAAAACACCAGCUUGAUCAUGGAGAGCUGGUUUAUCAUGCUUUGCAACUGUUGGCAUAUACAGCCCUUGGUAUUUUAAUUAUGAGACUAAAACUCUUCUUGACACCACACAUGUGUGUUAUGGCUUCCUUGAUCUGCUCAAGACAGCUGUUUGGAUGGCUCUUUUGCAAAGUACAUCCUGGUGCUGUUGUUUUUGCUGUAUUAGCAGCAAUGUCAAUACAAGGUUCAGCAAAUCUACAAACCCAGUGGGAUAUCGUAGGGGAGUUCAGCAAUUUACCACAAGAAGAACUUAUAGAAUGGAUCAAAUAUAGUACUAAACCAGAUGCAGUGUUUGCUGGUGCCAUGCCCACGAUGGCAAGUGUUAAGCUCUCUGCACUUCGACCCAUUGUGAAUCAUCCACAUUAUGAAGAUGCAGGCUUGAGAGCCAGAACAAAAAUAGUAUACUCAAUGUAUAGUCGGAAAGCAGCUGAAGAAGUGAAGCAAGAAUUGAUAAAGUUGAAAGUGAAUUACUACAUUCUGGAAGAGUCAUGGUGUAUAAGAAGAUCCAAACCUGGUUGCAGUAUGCCUGAAAUAUGGGAUGUGGAAGAUCCUGCUAACGCUGGGAAAACUCCCUUAUGUAACCUCUUGGUGAAGGAUUCCAAGCCUCACUUUACCACUGUAUUCCAGAACAGUGUUUACAAAGUCCUUGAAGUUAUAAAAGAAUGAUCGCUACAUGAACUAUCGCCUACAGAGAACGUCAUCAGCAGAUUAACCUCAGUGUGGAUUGUCCUUGAGACCUGAGUCCUCAGGGAUGGUUUCCGGUGCCCACUCCUGGGAGCCAGUGAAGAGCUGUUUUCUUUCCGCCUUCUUACCAGAGCCAAAAGGACAAGUCUGGUCUGGGGGAAGCACUAGCUUAUGUGUUAGUCAGCUGCAGAGACAGCACGUCUGGCUGAGGACCGUGCCCUUGGAGAGGAGCACCGUCCCAACCCUGCCCCCGAGCCCGGGGCCAGCCUCUCCCAGGGAGUCCCCCCUCCCUGGAGUCCGCCCAGGAGAGUGACUGUGUCAGUGUUCUUCACGUUUGCGGUCACUCUUUCUCGCUUGCUGCUUGACUGUUUUAUUUCUUAGGCUUUUGCCAGUUUCAGAAAACAGGGAAGCAGCUGGGGAUUUGUGGAUGAGGAGUAACGUUUGAGCAGUGAUGCAGCAAUCUAUAUAAAUGGGAAUAGAACACUCCAGGCUGAGGAGGGUGAGAGUGGACUUGGUGGCAAGAGGGCAGGCGUGAUCUGCUUCCUCUGCAAUCGUUUCCGACCCAGGUGCGGCUGAUAUUGUACAUCCAGCAGCUACAUUUUUAAAAAUCAUACUUUUAAAGUUAUUCUCUGUUCUUCUCACCCUCCAAUAAUAAGUUCACAUAUAAUGAUUGGAAAUUCUGUACAGGAAAAACGUAUUAAAAUAUUGUUAGAACUGUUUCAUAUGUUGGGGAACAUUAAAAGUGAUCUAAAUUAGUUUUUUCCAGAAGAAUCCUUUUGUAACAGCAUUUAUUAAUGUACCUCCACCAGCAGGCUCUGAUUAUAUUUUGGGUGAGCCCAUUUAGAACGGAGGCCUUGAGGGUGCACUGGCAGCAGCAGCAGCCUGUGCUGUGGGGUGUGAAUGUCUUUGAUGGCAACGUGGAGCAGAAGUAGGUUCCACAUACAUGACAAAACAGUGUUACAGCUCAGUAUUUUACAUAUUUUUAGUAUUUAAAGAUAUUUUUGCUUUAGUGUGAGGAAAGCAAGGAUGGGCAAAGAGGUGACAGAAAUAGCUAUUGCUGUGACAUUAGAAAAAAUAAAGUUGGGGCAGUAUUUCUAAAAAAAGAAAAGCCUCUCAAAAUGCUUGGCAGAAAAACAUAGUGUUAAAAUAGGCCAAUGAUGUUAAGGAGAAAAUAAUAAAGUGAUAUUGCAUAGGAGUAUGUAUUUUUAUGAAUUUUAUGCCAGUUGUUUACAUGUACUAUAUAUGUUAAAUAAAAAAGAUCAUGAAAAAUGUGGA